UUUAUGAGUUAAAGAUUAAUCUUAACGUUUAUUACGGUAAUAAUAUAGUGGAACUGUUUAUAGUGCUCUGGUUCAUCCCGGUCCUCCCAGCAUCACUGGUGCAGCUCAGCAUCAUCUCUCUCUCUUUCUCUGCCUCUCUGAGGAAGAGACGCAUCACCGUUAGAGCUGUGAGAGUGGAGAAUAAACACUGAGAUACGACGAAGAAAGUCAUUGUUUCUUUACUAGUGGCCGCCAUUUAAAGGAGCCUUUCACCACCCGGAAAAGGACCAGAACUUAUACGUCACCAUGAAAUCUUCAUCUUUGACUUGAACUGAUCUCCCUCGGAAUCAGAGAGGAUAAAUUACUCGACGGUUUUCACAGCUUCCAGAUAAAUGAAGUGACCAACAGGGCAAGAUGUCAUCAUUCCAGGUGGUGGACUCAUCACCUGGCUGCAGCGUCAGCAUCAUGGAAACAUCCAACUUCGCUCAUGUCAUCUUCCAGAACGUGGGGAAGAGUUUCCUACCCCAGGCCCCCUUGGAGUGCCGUUACACUCUGACCCCUUACAUUACUCCCCACCCCAAGGACUGGGUGGGCAUUUUCAAGGUGGGUUGGAGCACAGCCAGGGAUUAUUACACCUUCCUUUGGUCUCCCAUGCCUGAAAACUACGAGCCAGGAAGUACUGUGCACAGGACUGUGGUGUUUCAAGGUUAUUAUGUUCCUAAAUCUGACGGAGAGUUUUACCAGUUCUGUUAUGUGACCCAUGCUGGUGAUAUCAGAGGUGCCAGCACGCCCUUCCAGUUCAGGCCAGCCACGCCCACCGAGGAGCUGCUGACCGUCACAGAGGAGGACAGCAACUCAGACAUACUGGUCGUCACCACCAAAACUGGCCUGCUAGAGCGUGUGGAGGAGGCCCAGCAGGAGCGCAGGGAGCUGCUGAAGGCCAUGCGCCUCCUGCACGAGGAGAAACAACAGCUGCAGGAGGAGCAGAAACAACUGGUCAAGGAAAGGGAGCAGGAGAGGGAGACGUGUUGCCUGCUGCGGACACACAACCAGGAGCUGCUGCGCUCAUCGCAGGGCCUCUCAGAUGAGAGGGAGGAGGUACGGAGGAGGCUGGCGGAGGCCAAAGAUCGAGUUCGUCAGCUGGAGGAGGACCUGCUGGGAGUCACCCAGAGGGGCCUUCAGAAGGAGACUGAGUUGGACUGUCUACGGGAGCGUUUGAAGAAGCUGACAGCAGAGCGAGACAACUUUGAGAGCCAGCUGAAGAACGAGAAGGAUGAGAGAGAUCUUUAUAAGGCUCACCUGCGCAGCGCCGAGCUGGAGAACACCAAGCUGAGCGCAGAGCUUCAGAUGCUUAAAGCGGUGGAGCUGAACAGGGAGGUGACCAUCGCUCAAUUCCAAGAGGAGCUGGAGAGGCUCAGGGGCUGCGUCGCCCAGCGUGACAGUCUGGAGAGGGAGCUGCUGGCGCACAAACAUGACAAGGCAGAGCUCACUCACUUACGCGAGCAGCUUCAUCGCGCUGAGGAGCAGCUCCAGGCGUCCCGGCAGCAGGCCACCCUGCUCGCCUCGGAGCUACGGGACUCGGCCAGCGCCCGCGACCACACCAUGACCGAAUUGUACCGGGCCCGCAUAGAGGCCGACAAGCUCCAUGCCAGUCUCGCUGAUGCUCAAGCGGAGUGCCAGCGCAUGGAGAGCCAGCUAGACCGAAUGAGGAGCACUGCUCAGAAGGAGGGUGUUGGAACAAGCGGUGACGGGGCGCACUGCAUCAUGGUGGUGUCUGAGGCGGAGGCCGAGCUGCAGAGGGAGGUGGAGGAGCUGAAGCUGCGCCUCCACAUGGCUGCCGAGCACUACAAGGAGAAGUACCGGGAGUGUCAGCGCCUCCGCAGGCAGGUGGCCAAGCUCAGUACUGCGGAGUCACAGGGGGUUAUUAUGGAGUCAAAGAAAAACGUGUCCACUGAGACGACCCAGGAGCCGCUGAUUUCUAGUCCUGAGUCUCCGACUGAAGAAAAUUCCACUUCUGCUGUUCUACAAGAAGCCGCAGACAUGACAAUCACCCCUGAAGUAAGAAACGAGCAAUCCACAUAUGCUGAGGCCCCCAUUGGCAUAAAGGUGGAGGAAAUCCAGAGGGAGAAAUCACUGCAGGAGGCUACGGUAGAGGCUGGGAGAGAGGAACAACAAGUGGAAGACAGGGAAAGUGGGGACAAAGACUGCGAAAAGGAGGAGAAGAAAGAGGAGAACCUGCCCGAGGAGAGCCUGAGGAUGGCGAGCUGGGUGGAGGUGAGCAACGAGAGGCUGAGCGCCGAGGAGAAGAGCGAGGCAGGAGUGGAACUGACGGAGGAGGAAGCGGGGGACAACGCUGAGGACCAGGAGCCACUGGAGGUGGAGGAAAGGAGCACUGGAGAAGCGGAGAAGGAUCAGACGCGCUCUGUGGAGGCAGAGCUGGCCGUGAUGGAGGAGAAGUGGAGGGUGCAGUGCGUCAUCAAUGAUACGCUCAAACAGCGGCUGGCCGAUGAGGAGGGGCGAUUCAGAGUGCAGAUGGCAGAGCGAGCCAUCGAGGUGUCCGAGCUGAAACAGACCCUCGCCCAGGUUCUUAAAGACAAAGAGCAGCUGCAGGAGGAACUCCAGCGUUACAAGUCCAGGCAGAGGGAACUGGAGGCUGGUGUUCAGGGAGCUGAGGCCAAGCAGACCAUGGUGCUCCGCUACCCCCUCCCCUACCCCCAGGACCCCUCCCCACCACCUCUAGUCCCACAGAGGCCUGCAGAGCUGCAGUACGGCAAUCCUUACUCCACCGAGACAUCGAAAGAUCGGUUGGAUGUCAUCUUGUCUCCUGAGCACUUGUCACGCCCUCCACCUGAAGCGCCACUCUGUGCCGCUCCCUGUGCACCUCCAGUGUCUCCACCCAGCCCCAGUCCAGGAGCUCCAGGCUGGGACCAGGAGGUUGUGUGCAUCCAACCUUCCCGCAGCACAACUCCACCGGAGAACAUGGAGGCUCCGGCAGAGGAGGCGCAAAAGGUGUGUGACAGAGCUCAGCAGCCAUGCGACCAUCCGUCCAGCCGACGCAGUGAAGUGAGGAGCAGCUUCUGCUUUGACUCCAGUACAAACGUCCACAAGCGCUGCCCGCUGUGCGAGGUCAUCUUUCCGCCCCACUUCGAGCAGCGCAGCUUCGAGCAGCACGUGGAGAGCCACUGGAAGGUGUGCCCCGUCUGCUCUGAGCAGUUCCCCCUCAACUGCCAGCAGCAGCUCUUCGAGAAGCACGUCCUCACGCACUUCGACGGCAACGUGCUCAACUUCGAGCAGAUCGAAUGAGGGGGUGGUGGACCUUGAAUUGUGACAGGCCGUGUAGGUAAACGUCUGUCGUCAGAUAUUGGUUCAUUUAUAUUGAAGGGAUUGGUGGUAUUAAGUUAAUACACAGUAUUUAGCACUUUUUUGUUUGCAAUCUCAGUGGUUUGCAAGAAUGUAGAGUGGAUAAUGCACUAAAAGGUUGGGAUCUACCAAAACAUUUACUCAAAUGAACAGCGAGUAAGGCAGAGUUUGCUAGAGGUGUCAUGGCUUUUUCAUUUUGCAUUAUUUCUAUGCUCACCUGUGAAGCACCUUUUAAAGUGCAUGUUUAUGCUCUGUGUGUUAAACCAACAAAAUAUAAAAGUUAAAGCACCCUCCACACGUUUUGCUUCCCUGGUAAAGAUGUUUAAAAACCUUACAAAUCUGGUAAAACCUAUCAAAUCAAAGUGAAAUUCAUGGUUGGAUUUCUCUACGUUUUCCAGUGUGGGAUUUUGCUUCUGCACAAAAAUGUCUGAUUUUUCUUUUUUUUUUUUUGCAGAAGCAUAACGCUAAUUGUGUCGAGGCCGCUGCAUUAGCAACCAAAAGUCCCAUCUUAUAAGUGAAUUGGAGCUCAACAAAAGUGUAAAUGCAGACGCUCAAAUGUGUUUGCGUGACUAAAGAGUUCCCAUUUUCUCCUGUUGUCUGUAUGAGUGUUUUGCAAAGAUGUCGGAUGUUUGAAACAAAAACAGCACUACAUUUCCACGGAUCCGCACUAAAUAAUGCUUUAUUCCGAAUAUACUGUACAUAGAAGAAUGAGUCUGGGGAAAUUUCCUGUCCUGAAGCUGUCUCCCUUCAUUAUCUUCCUGAACAAAACGACAGAUCGGAGAUGUUUCACUUCCUGUUGUGCACUUUCUCGCAGGCAGAUCAUAAGCAGAAGGACUGAGAGUUAAUGGAUGCUUUUGGCAAAUACACUUUGUGUUUUUUUAAGCUUAGAAAUUUGAAGAGGUCGCUGCUUUGUGUGCAGGUCUGUAAGCCCUCAUGACCAUCAUCUAACUGUAUGUUCUGAGCUUCUUGUCCAAUUUCCGUUUUUACAGCAGUGUUUCUUAACAAUGUUGCAUCCAGGCUUCACAAAGUAUAAUGCCUUGGAAUAAGUAUUCCAUCACCUUGGAACUUUUCCACAUUUCGCACAAACUUCAAUGUAUUUUAUUGGGAUUUUAUGUGAUAAACUAACAAAAGAGCAUAUAAUUGUGAAGUGAAAAGAAAAUGGUUUGCGCCAUUGCAUAGGACUGCCAGAAUCCAAUAAUUAGUGGGAUGGGAGUAUAAAUGUAUAAAUUUUGGAUGCCAAUAACAUUUUUGGCUUAUGGAUAGACUUUUCCUGCCCAGUAGGAUUUGUUUUUUUAGUAGCUAAGAUGCUAAAGGUCACAAAGUGUGAUGGGGACAUUGGGAUGCAGUCUGACUUAAUGUUUUAGCAACAGUAUCAAAAUCACAUAUUUUCCUGAUAUUUUGGAGUUGUACUAUGCAUGAAUUCCCACACAGCAUUAUGUUGGCACCACCUUGUUUCACUGUGGGUCUUGUGUGUUCUGGGUAAACCUCACUGUUGGGUUUCAGCUAUAUGUAGUGUUUCCCAUGUAGGCCAAGUUUGGUCUCUUCUGCCACAUGUUUGCUGUGUCCCUAGAUGGCUCCUGGCAGACUGCAUAUAGGACUACCUAUUGCCACUCAUCCAUAAAGGCCGGAUUUGUGCACGACUAAUAGUCGUCAUGUCAACAGAUUAUUCCACCUGAGCUGUGGGUCUCUACAGCUCCUACAGAGCUACCCCUACAGAGCGUUAAUCAGAGGAGCGACCAGGGGUCCUCCCCCAGCAUCAGUGUAGUUGGAUGGCUUGCAGGUCUUCUGUGCAUUUUCUGUUUUCAGACGAAGGCUUGAACAGUUGGAAAGGACUGGCAAGCUGCUCAGGGAUUCACCCUGCCUCUCGCCCAAUGACAGCUCGAUGGACAAUGGGAUGGAUCGAUCAGUUCUACAAGUUUUAUAACGUAAAACUACUUUAAACUUCUCCACAGCAUCAUCCCUGCCAUGUCUGCUGCGCUUGUCAGCCUGUUUUUUAAUGACUAAUAAUCUAUAUUGAAGAGGCCUGUUGACCUCUGAAGGUAUUGGCUCUAUUUAUUGGUAGCAGAGUAAAUGGGGCUGAACAUAAAUGCACGCCACAUCUUAUUUUCCGACAGCUUCACAGUAACAUUCUGUAGUUUCUAUCACAUAAAAUCCCUUAAAAAAAUAAACCUAAUUUGUGACGUGAAAAGGUUCAAGGGGUGUGAACCCUUCAGCAAGGCACUGUACAACCAACCGAAUCCCUGUGUACACCACGUGCCCCCCACCCUAACCCCCUUGUGUGAGGAUGUCUGGAAAUUCGUGUAAGUGUGCACUGAAAAGAUCUUUAAGAAUAAAUGAAGCUUGUCUAAAUGAA